AUGUCGCAAGACACCGGUCUGUUCUCAGUGCGCCGGCCAAGAGAAACCCUCGGCGGCAUUAGCUAUAACUCUGGCAUACCCCAACCAGCAUCUGCGAUGAAGCGUUCGAAUUCGAUGUCCGGCUCAAAUCACAAUGCCCCUUUCACGGUGGGCCAUGUGCGCUCAAUAUCAAGCUCUCGCGCUUCCCUUGCGCCUCCUCGGCCGAACCAACCACAAUUCCAACGGUCUUCUUCGGGCACAAAUCUGGCAGACCUAGGGUUAUCCUCCGUGAAGCGGGCGUCAUUCCAACACAGCAGUGGCCGAAAGAGUUAUGCACCUGGAAAUAUGGGUCGCACCUCUGGUGAAAGCUCAGAACGGAGGAGCAGUGUAUUUCGAUCAAGAGCAUCGUCGAGCGGGCCGAUGGCUCACCAAAGCCUUUUUCAACAGGCUCCACAGCCGGCCGGUGUGCCUCGCGAUUCCCGGCCGUUGAAGGACCGGUCAUAUCAGGCAAGGAUCGGUCAAGAACUGCUAGACUAUAUGGCCAAUAACAACUUUGAAAUGGAAAUGAAGCAUAUGCUUACACAGAAUUCGAUAAAAUCCCCAACCCAGAAAGACUUUGUGUUCAUGUUUCAAUGGCUGUACCACCGGAUUGAUCCUAGUUACAGGUUCCAGAGAAAUAUUGAUCAAGAAGUUCCGCCGAUUUUAUCUCAAAUGCGAUAUCCAUACCAAAAGAGUAUCACGAAGAGCUCACUUGCCGCAGUCGGAUCAGCAAACUCAUGGCAUCUUUUCCUUGGGUUGCUGCAUUGGAUGAUGCAGCUCGCUCAGAUGCUGGAAAGAUAUAGUGUCAAUCAAUAUGACGAUGCAUGUGCUGAGGCAGGCGUGGACGUUAGCGGUGACAAGAUUAUCUUCGAUUUUCUAAGUCGAGCAUAUCGAGAUUGGUUACUCAUGGAUGACGAUGCAGGGGACGAUGAGCAGGACAGGGUCUUUGCGCCGCAUAUUGCAAUAAUGGCGAGGGAAUUUGAUAUGUCUAAUUCGAAAUACUUAGACGAGUUGCAGAUCCUAGAAGCGGAGCAUCAGCGCCUUGAGAAAGAGAUUGAGAUUCUGGAGAAGUCCGGAGCCGAUGUUACCACACUGGAUCGGAACUUCAAGAUUAUGGAGGCGGAUAAAGUCAAAUUUGAAGAAUUUGAUGCGCGAAUGAAUCAAAAAUCCGAGAAGUAUGAGACUCGAACCCAGUUCUUACAAGAAGAACUUGAUAAAGUCAUGGAAGAGCUCAAGGAUGCCGAGGAGGAACGAAUUACUUUACAGAAGGCUGUCGACGAUCUAGGCAUCAGCAUGACAGAUAUCGAUAGGAUGACAUCAGAGAGGGAACGUUUGCAGAAAGGGAUCGAGUCAACAUCUCAAAGACUAGAGGAUGUGAAAAAGAAGGUGGCUGAGAAAGAAUUUGAGGCAAGUCGAAAACUUGAUGAAUUAGAGCGAGCGGUGGACAAACACAACAGCCUCGGUUACCAAAUAGGCCUCAUUCCCUCCACUGCGCCAAAUUCAAAGGGCAAGGACUAUGAGCUGCAAGUCAUGGUCAAUGAGGGCCCGAACUUUUCAUCGUCGCAGAUGGGCGCCUCAAAUAGCGGUGGUAAUGCAAAUAGUGAUCGACUAUUAGAAGAUCCUAUCACAGGGUAUCAACCAGCCCAUAUCCUAAACCUAGAUCUUCGGGGCCAGGUCAAAAGCAGCUUUUUGAACCUGAGAAAAGAAAUCUCUGAACGACGAACGGUUGCAAUGGAUGAGAUGAUGAAGCACCAUGAUCUUCUCGAUGGUAUCAAAGAAGCCAUUGAAGAUAAACGGGGCGAAGUCGAGGCGCUAGAGCAUCGAGUCAGGGCUGCCGAAGAUGAAUAUGAAAAAACGAAAGAGGUGACAACCACCCAAAAGCUAGCUUCCGACACUCAGAUCGAGAAGAUGGAGAAGGAACUGGCCAAGAUGAGAGCUGGUCUCACUGAAUCUGUCCAAUUGAUGGAACAGCGGGAGAUGAACACGAACAUCGAGUACGAGCAACUUACGCUCAAAGCAAAUGCCCUCCGGGAAGAAUUGCACACGGAGAUCGAAAAGAUGCUGAACGAUAUUAUAAAAUUCAAGGUUCACGUCCAGAAGAAUCUUGAGGAUUACGAAAGCUUCGUCGUUGACGAGGUGGAACAAGAGCUAGGCGGCGGUGAUGCGAUGAACGAUACCCAAGAUGUUGAUAUGAUAUAG